AAAGUCUGUAUUUAGUUAGUACAAUAUACUUCCUAUCCUGUGGCCGACCUUGCAGCCUCGCAAGUUGCUGGAGAAAUUUCCCUUGAAAUGGGGGGUUCUAGCAGUACGAGGCGGGUUGAAUUUCAUGACCCGAUGAUAUCGAUUACCAAUGAUGUUGCAGAUAGAAUUGAAAAGGCCCUAGACAGUCCAGAUAAACCUUCGAAAAGAAAAUUGGAAAGUGAAGACGAUCUCACCGAUUUAUAUCACAACAAAAUUAAAGAACUGGAAGAAAAGAAUGCUAAGUUAUUAAAUGCCAGAGUGGAUGAAUUUGCACAAGCUGUACAAGAAGUCGAAAAGAAAUUCAUGAACAGCACGGGCUCCCCUGUUUGUCAGGAUCUUCAAGACAAAGUUUUCCGCUGCUACACGGAAAACCAUAAAAAGACCCUGCUAUGUUCACCUGAUGUUAGAGCCUUUUUUGAAUGUGUGGAGAGGGCGAGAGCAGUAUGUAUUCUUUUAUUCCAGGAGAGAAGGAAUGGUCUGUUUCUCUCUAUGUGCUGGGAAAUAUUCUAAUAUGUAUGAUUUCUAGAGAAUAGUACUGUACAGUACAUUCAACUGAGCUUUUGAUGUAACUGGAAUUCUGAAAGCUGCACCGAUGUGAGAGCAUUUUUAAGAAAGAGUUAUGCCCCAUGAAAUGCAAUACUCACUGAAUUUGACAGCUGUCAAAAUGUGUUACAUUACCUGAUACAACUUUGAUUUGAGAAUGUUUUAUUGUAUAAGUGCAUAUUUUACAAAUGGUUUGAACACAAGUUCUUGCAGCUUAUGGGGUUCUCACCUGGAUAAAGAGUUCAGUUAACCAUUAAGUUCUGUCAGCUUAUGGGGUUCUCACCUGGAGAAAGAGUUCAGUUAAUCAUUGAGUUAUGUCAGCUUAUGGGGUUCUCACCUGGAGAAAGAGUUCGGUUAAUCAUUAAGUUCAGCCAACAGGCAGAGUGCGAGAAUGUCAUUAAAUUUGUGGGACCCAAAUGAAACACUGUACAAAUUGUGUAUUUCAUUGGUGUUUGAAUUUUGUGGGAUAUGGGGUACUCAUGAAAAUUGAGCCCCCAGGGAACUGACCACAUUCCUGGUCUGCGAGACUUUUUUAAAGGUAGUAAUUCAAGUUAAAUGAUACAACAGUGUUGAAAUACAGCGAGUCGCUGGAUAUUAUGUAUCAAUACUGUAUAUACCAUAUUAUACAUUAUCGUCUGUUUUAUAUGCUGUAUAGACAUAGUCGUUCCUUUUGUUCCCAGUCAUAUUGUGGCUUGUAUUUAUAAUACAUGUACAUAAAAUAUCAUCGACAAUGCGUAAAACUGAACAUAGGGUUCAUUAUUAUAUUGUUACUUUCAGAAUGCAUUGAUGAGGAAAGGCUGAGGAGGACUUACAUACACAUUUCAUUAGAACACAAGACAUUAGAGGCCUGCUAUGUGAUAGUGGCAUUGAUGUUUUAAUCGUGAUAAACUAUAAUACAGUUUUUUUGUUCCAUACAUUA